UGCGAGCGCCCGAUCCGCCGCUUGGUCAGCUCAGUCGAGAAACGGAGCUUGCAAGCGACACUUGUGGCAAGCGGAGACGUUCAGCCGAUCCGAUACAGUCGAGCGUGAAAGACCGUCGAAAGAAAAACGGAAAAAGCCAAAAAGCCACUCGUCGAAUCGGCGAAAAGCAAAGAAAAAAUUGCAACACCAAAGCGCGCGUGCGCAACCCGAUCAGUUAGAAGAUAGGCGAAAAAUCCCUCGAUUUAUACGAAUAAAACAUAAUGGCGGCUGUUGAGGUGCGGAAUGGCUAUAAGUACUAUGGCUCCAAAUCGAAUCCCAAGAUUGUGCUUAACCAGCUAAAUAUGAACGUGAUGCGUGGUUCUAUAUACGGAUUGCUGGGUGCCUCCGGCUGCGGCAAGACAACCCUGCUCUCCUGCAUUGUUGGCCAGAGGCGCCUCAACGGAGGCGAGGUCGCCGUGCUGGGCGUCAAGCCAGGAGAGCCGGGCAGCGGCGUGCCAGGAUCACGGGUGGGAUUCAUGCCCCAGGAGAUCGCCCUGGUCGAGGAGAUGACCGUCAAGGAGACCAUCUUCUACUUUGGCCGCAUCUACGGACUGACUGACGAACGCAUCCGGGAGAAGUUCAAGCUGCUGAAGGAGCUGCUCCAACUACCGCCGGCUAGGCAGAUGAUCAAGCAGUGCAGUGGUGGACAGCAGCGACGCCUGUCUUUUGCCUGCGCCAUGAUCCACGAUCCGGAGCUCCUCAUUCUGGAUGAGCCUACUGUGGGAUUGGACCCCAUGCUGCGUGAAAAGAUCUGGGAUUUUCUCGUGGAGACGACGAGGAAUAGCAAAUUGGCUGUGAUUAUAACCACCCAUUACAUAGAGGAAGCCAAACAGGCAAACUGCAUUGGUCUUAUGCGCAAUGGUGUGCUAUUGGCCGAGGAUACGCCUACCAACAUUAUGAUCAAGUUCGGAACUCAGUCGAUCGAGGACGCCUUCCUCAUUCUGAGCCAGCGGCAGGGCAACGAAGACGAGUUGGCCCAAAUCAUGGAUCACAACAAGAACCAGGCUUUGCCGGCAGCUGUGCUGCCACCUGAGGUAAUAGACACACACGAGCCCAACUCGCCGGAAAAACAGCCCAUCCCAUUCGAGGAGCCCCUAAACGAGAACCGCAAAAAGAUUUUCUUUACCACCAAGGGCAGGGUAAAGGCCCUGAUGACCAAGAACUUUGUACAACUCUUUAGACAGCCCUCGGGAAUUAUUUUCAUGCUACUGUUUCCCAUCAUACAACUGACGUGUUUUUAUCUGGCCAUUGGAAAGACGCCCACGAACCUUGAAAUAGGAGUCUAUUCCGGCGAAGUGGAGAACUAUGGGGAGUGCUUCGACGAAAACCUGGUCACUGUCUACAAGGACAACGACAACGAGAGCUGUCUCUUCAACAAGCUAUCCUGCAGAUACAUCCGUGAGUUGGGCGACGACGUGGCCACCCGGAAAUACUACGCCAGUGAAGCAGAUGCAUUGAGUGAUGCAAAGCGGGCCACAACCGUUGGCUAUUUGCACUUUGCCCACAACUUCAGCGAUUCGAUUCUCUCGGUGAUGGAGGACGGCAUCCACACCAAUGACGGUGCCGUCGACCACGCCGAGCUUAGUAUCCACAUCGACAUGACGGAUCAACAAGUGGCGUACUUCAUGCAGCGAAAACUACGUGACAAGUUCAGCACAUUCAUGAGGAGUGUUGUGAAGGACUGCAAUGUAUCCACGGCCAUUGUAGAUCUGCCCGUCCAGUUCCAGGAACCAAUCUUUGGCAGCACAGACAUCGAGUUCCAGCAGUACUGUGCCCCAGGAGUGGUAAUGACCAUGGUGUUCUUCUUGGCCACUUUGAUGACGGCUGCAGUGUUCAUUUCUGAGCGCAUGGAUGGCAUCUGGGACCGAACUCUUUUGGCAGGUGUCUCGGCCAACGAAAUGCUGUGGGCCCAUCUUCUAACCCAGCUCAUCAUCAUGGCCCUGCAGUCGUUCGAGGUUAUUAUGUAUAUUGGCUUAGUGUUCGAUACUUACAACAAUGGGGAUACCACAACGCUCAUUGGGUUGUUAACGCUGACCGCAUUCUGUGGCAUGUUGUUCGGUCUCUUCAUAUCCGUCUUUUGCAAAUCGCAUACAGAGGCAAACUUUGUGGCUACUGGCGCAUUCUACCCCAUGAUUAUACUGUGUGGACUUCUGUGGCCCUUGGAGAGCAUGCCGCAGUUCCUGCAGGACCUAGUGAUGGUGCUACCCUUCACCAUACCCUCCAUCUCCGCUCGAAAUGUGAUCGAGAAGGGCUGGAGCAUCACCCACGAGAAGGUCUACAAUGGUUUCCUGGUCAUGGCCGGCUGGACGAUCAUCUUCUUCGUGCUCUGCCUGAUUGGUAUCAGACGCAAGGCGUAAUUUUUGACCUAACUUUGGGCUAAUCUUUAAUAUUCGGGGGCCUUUCAUUUAGUUGUAAGGUUUUAGCAUUUUUUGUUAGGUGAUCUAUGUAUGUGCAUAUCGUUUUAAUUUAAUAACUAUCGGAAGCAUAUCACUCGCAUGUUGUAGACUCUCAUCACACAAGGAAACACAUUCAUACCAACGAAUCGUAACAUAUUUUUAGUCAACGUUUUAUACUGCACUAAAAAUAUCAUAAGGUCUUAAGGGUGUCUCACAAAUAAUAUUUAUAAUACACAGGACAACAAAUCGUACUCAUUGACAAGCACAAAUUUCGUAUUUAAUUAUUCGAUCAACUCACACAAUUUACAACAAGUCAUACAUUUUUAUUCACAUCGAAUGUGUGUGAACUUUGUAUAUUUAAAUGUGAAAUUAUGUAAAUCGAAAUUUCAAAUCAACCAAAAAUAUAAACCUAAAUUAAAUGAUCGUAAAA